AUGGAUGAAAAAAAUGACGAAGAAGUUCGUCUCGGGCUCGACUUGGCUCUCGGCUUGAACGAUUGUAAUCCGAAGAAAAACGCAAACACUCCACAAAACAACAAACGGGCGUUUUUUCUCGAUCUUUCGAUCCCUCUUCAUCAGACGAGCAAUCACGGCACGACUCACGAGUCGAGCUCUUCACGGAUUAAUAACGAUUUUCGCGGCAAAUUAGUGGAUGAUGAUGAAAGCAAACUUAUCAUGGAUUUUAGCUGCAGGAAAAAAUUGAGGCUCACUAGAGACCAAACCACAUUGCUUGAAGAUAGUUUCAAGAAGCAGACUACUCUUAAUACAGCUCAAAAACAAGCUCUUGCGGAGAAAUUGAAUCUCAAAGCAAGACAAGUUGAAGUUUGGUUUCAAAACAGAAGAGCAAGGACAAAACUGAAGCAAACUGAGGUAGACUGCGAAUUCUUGAAGAGAAACUGCGAAAGAUUAAGCGAAGAAAAUUGGAGAUUGAAGAAAGAGCUCUUCGAACUCCGAUCAUCGUUGAAGAAAGAAGGGGCUAUGGAGGUGGUCCAAAACAACCCUAACAAAAACCUAAUUGGUACAUCAAAAAAAGCUUGA